GGAGGCGGUUGUCAAGGCGACGUGGGUAGGAGGAGAGGACUGAGGGAGGAGGAAGGAUGGGCGGUGUUGGCGUAGCCGCAGGGAGGUGACUGGUGCGAGCCUGGCCUCUUGCAUCCCCCCCCCCCGUGUACCUCCCUCCCCUUUUUUUUCCGCCUUCUGCCAGCAGAAGCAGCAGCCGCAGCACCUGAGCCGCUACUGCCGCUCACUCAGGACAACGCUAUGGCUGAGCCUGGCCACCGUCUCUCCGCCAGAGGCAGGGGAACAACUGAGAGGCGCACACCCCGGCUGUUGCGGCUGCUGCUCUGGGCUGGGACCGUCUUCCAGGUGACCCAGGGAACGGGACCGGAGCUUCACGCUUGCAAAGAGUCUGAGUACCACUAUGAGUACACCGCGUGUGACAGCACGGGUUCCAGGUGGAGGGUCGCCGUGCCGCAUACCCCGGGCCUGUGCACCAGCCUGCCCGACCCCGUCAAGGGCACCGAGUGCUCUUUCUCUUGCAACGCCGGGGAGUUUCUGGAUAUGAAGGACCAGUCGUGUAAGCCAUGCGCUGAGGGCCGCUACUCCCUCGGCACAGGCAUUCGGUUUGAUGAGUGGGAUGAGCUGCCCCAUGGCUUUGCCAGCCUCUCAGCCAACAUGGAGCUGGAUGACAGUGCCGCUGAGUCCACCGGGAACUGCACUUCGUCCAAGUGGGUUCCCCAGGGCGACUACAUCGCCUCCAACACGGACGAAUGCACAGCCACACUGAUGUACGCCGUCAACCUGAAGCAAUCCGGCACUGUUAACUUCGAAUACUACUACCCAGACUCCAGCAUCAUCUUUGAGUUUUUUGUUCAGAAUGACCAGUGCCAGCCCAAUGCAGAUGACUCCAGGUGGAUGAAGACCACAGAGAAAGGAUGGGAAUUCCACAGUGUGGAGCUAAAUCGAGGCAAUAAUGUCCUCUAUUGGAGAACCACAGCCUUCUCAGUAUGGUCCAGAGUAUCCAAGCCUGUGCUGGUGAGAAACAUCGCCAUAACAGGGGUGGCCUACACUUCAGAAUGCUUCCCCUGCAAACCCGGCACGUAUGCAGCCAAGAAGGGCUCCUCUUUCUGCAAACUUUGUCCAGCCAACUCUUAUUCAAAUAAAGGAGAAACUUCUUGCCACCAGUGUGACCCUGACAAAUACUCAGAGAAAGGAUCCUCUUCCUGUAACGUGCGCCCAGCUUGCACAGACAAAGAUUAUUUCUACACACACACGGCCUGUGAUGCCAACGGAGAGGCACAGCUCAUGUACAAAUAG